AUGAGUCGCAAAGGAAACCUUCAUGUUGUAGAGGAGAUAUAUAACCAAAUACCAGCAUUCACUGAUGUAUUCUCGGAAGAUACAUUCUAUAUAUUUGUGGCAUUAUUUGUCUCAUCUACAAUAUUAGUUGCCUUCAUUCUGUCUAGGUUCAUCACCAUAAAACCUGUAGAAUAAUUUAGAUAAUCUGAAUGUUCAAAAUAAAUAUUUAAAAUUACAAAAA